AUGUUGUUCUUCCAGACUCUCCUGACCUUCCUUCUCCAACUGACGGCACUUGUCCAUGCCGCAGAUACCAAUGCAUGGAAGUCCCGAAGCAUCUACUUCGUCCUUAUCGACCGCAUCGCCCGCAGCAGCACUGACGCGGGUGGUGGAUCCUGCGGUAAUUUGGGCAGAUAUUGUGGCGGUACAUUCCAGGGUCUUCAGUCCAAGCUCGACUACAUCAGAGACCUGGGAUUUGAUGCCAUCUGGAUCACGCCUGUGGUCGCUAACAGCCCAGACGGAUACCAUGGAUACUGGGCCACGGAUCUUUACGGCAUCAACACAAACUAUGGCUCCGCCACUGACCUCAAGAAUCUUGUCAAUGCUGCACAUCAAAGGGGAAUGUACAUCAUGGUCGACGUAGUAGCAAACCACAUGGGAUUAGGCCCCAUUGCCAACAACAGACCCGCGCCCCUGAACGAACCUGGAACCUACCACCCAACCUGCGAAAUCAACUACAACGACCAAACCAGUGUCGAGGUAUGCCGGAUCGCCGGCCUCCCAGACGUCAACACCCAACGACAAGACAUCAAGGAUCUCUACAACACCUGGAUCGCAUGGCUCGUACGCGAAUACAACUUUGACGGUGUCCGCAUCGACACGGUCAAGCACGUGCAAAAAGACUUUUGGCCUGGCUUCGCCUCUGCAGCAGGCGUCUACUCCAUCGGCGAGGUCUUUGACGGCAACCCAACCUACCUCGCCGGCUACGCGAGCCUGAUGCCCGGCCUCCUCAACUACGCAACCUACUACCCAAUGAACAACUUCUACCAGCAACGCGGCUCCUCCCAGGCCCUCGUUGACAUGAUCAAUACCGUCAGCAACACAUUCCCGGACCCCGCCGCCCUCGGCACCUUCCUCGACAACCACGACAACCCCCGCUGGCUCAACCAACGCAACGACCCAACCCUGCUCAAAAACGCCCUCGCCUUUGUCAUUCUCUCCCGCGGUAUCCCCGUCCUCUACUACGGCACCGAGCAAGGCUACGCCGGCGGCGCAGACCCCGCCAACCGCGAAGACCUCUGGCGCAGCAACUUCAACACAAACUCAGACCUCUACCGCUCCAUCGCGCGUCUGACGGGUGCGCGCAGAGCCGCAGGCGGCCUCCCCGGCAACGACCACGUCCACCUGUACGUCAGCAGCACGGCAUACGCCUGGAGCCGAGCAGGCGGCGCCGUCGUCGUGCUCACGACCAACGCGGGCAGCGGAUCCAACGCCCAACACUGCUUCAGCACCCAGCGCGCCAACGGGCGCUGGACCGACGCAUUCGGUAAUGUCCAAGGUACCGUAUCCGCCGACGGCAACGGCAACAUCUGCAUCAACGUCGUCAACGGCCUGCCCGUUGUCCUCGUCCAGGCGGGCGCUGGCGCUACACCUACCAGACCACCAAGUACAUCCCCGACGGCGGGAUCACCCUCAUGCCCAACCAGCGUCGCAGUCACCUUUUCCCACCGCGUCACCACCUCCUUUGGCGACAGCGUGCGCAUUGCCGGAAACACGGCGCAGCUGGGCAAUUGGGCGGCUGCCAGUGGUCCCGCGCUCUCGGCGGCGUCGUACACGGCCGCGAACCCGGUGUGGACGGUGACGCUGAAUAUGGUGCCGGGCAGUGCGGUGCAGUACAAGUUUUUGCGGGUGGCGAGUGGGGGCGCGACGACGUGGGAGAGCGAUCCGAAUCGGGCGUAUACGGUGCCGAGUUGUCAGGCGAGUGUGACUCCCGCCCCUCCCACACGCUCCCAGUCCCCCACCGCUUCGACCAAAAAGCCUCAGCAGCAGGAUCAAACGAAGCCACAUGGACAAAAGAAAAAAAGGCGACGAGACCACUGA